UUAUUGAGUAUUUUUGAAAAUGAUUUCAGAAAUAUAAACAAUAUCAUAAUUUAAAAUUACAAACUGUGCGUUUGUAUAUGCAUUACCGCUUUCCCAUCGCAGAGCAUUUGUUACAGCAAACGGAGUGCCGUUGUACAUAAAAAUAAAGAACAAUAUACGCAAAACAACCACAGCGGUGGCAUACAUAGAAGGCGUGUGGUUGAGACCAAAGCAACAACACCAGCAUCAGAGGUCAUAUUAAAAAUAUACUUUCGGAGCGUUUGCGUCUGUGCAUGUGUGUGCGGAAAAAUUAACCCCCUGCAUCAGCAACAACAACAAUAGCAACGCAAACAGAAGACUCUAUUAAUAUGAUCUUAGAAAACUCGGAGAAACUCAAGGAUUGGUUAAGCGUUGUGCUGGAACCACUCUGCGAUGCGGACUCUUCGGCUCUGGCACGCUAUGUUAUAGCGCUGCUUAAAAAAGACAAAUCGGAUAAGGAUCUCAAGCGUAUUAUGAUCGAGCAGCUCGAUGUUUUUUUAUCGGAGGAAACAACAACUUUCGUGGAUAAACUAUUCAAUGCCAUUGCCAGUGAGGAGUAUUUAAUCUUGCCUCCGCCUGUUGCUGCACCUGCGGCGGCAGUUGAUUUGGAUGACCAUGUCCUGGCCAUUGAUGCUCCUGUUGAAAUCGAUGCAGUGUUGGAAGCUGCAUCACCGUCGCCGACAAAAGAUAAUGUGAUAAAAAAUGACGGUAAUCAGCUUCAACAGCAGCUUCAGUUACAACAACAUCAACAGCAGCAGCAAAUCAGCAGUAGCAACAAUAGCAGGGAGGUAUUAAGAACGGAAUCACUUCCAGCACCCUACAUUACAGCAACGCAGCCAACAGCGAACAGCGGCAUCAACAGUAACAUCGUUAGCAGCAGCAGCAGUGCCUCAAAUGCCACAGAUGCCAAUACGCUGUUACACACCAAGCCAGCCUUCGAUCACAAAACCAAAGACUCUCACAAUGCAAGCAGCAGAACACACGAAAGCAACAGCAAUAACAACACCAAUCUGCCCGGCAGCAGCAACAGCGGAAGCAGCAGCCAACAUCAGUCCACCCAUCAUCAUCACCACAAUGAGCGAAGCGGAAGCGGCUUUGUGCGGAGCGCCAGUCCGCCUAUACGGAGCGGCGGAGGCAAUGUUGGCGCUGGCGCCUAUGCGGACAAAGAGAAUCAACCUCGUGACAGUCGCCGUCGACGCGCUUCUCUCCGGUCGCGUUCGCGCUCAAGAUCACGCUCCAACGAACGUAUAUUUCGUCGGUCACGUUCGCGAGACCGGCGCGUGAAUGAACGCGAGAAAAAUCAGCGCCCAUAUCGUAACAAAUCUCCACCGGCUGCCGACGGUCGUCAUCACAGUGGAGCUGGCAGUGGUGGCAGACGGAAUUUUGAUAGAAGACGCAUAGGAGGAGGUGGAGGUGGCAAUCUUGAUGAAAGGCAGCGUUUUGGCAACAACAAAGGACGUCGCUCGCACUCGCCGCGCAGUCGCUCCAUCUCGCCGGAACGUAGCUCGCGUCGUAAUGCAAAUGCCAAUUCGCCGGAGCGUGGACAGGCGCUACCGCUGCCGCCGUCGUCUCAGCCGGCAAUGUCGUUGGGUCAAACUGGACCAGAACACAUGCCUGUGGGCACAAUGGGCGAGCAUCAGCGUCAGCGUUGUCGCGACUUCGACGAGAAGGGCUACUGUGUGCGCGGCGAGACUUGUCCUUGGGAUCAUGGAAUCAAUCCAGUCGUGUUCGAGGGCAUCAACAAUUCAGCAUUGAUGAUGUCCAUGCGUGAGUAUAAUCCAGAUGCGCCGGAAAUAUGGGCACGUGGUGGUGCGCCGCCGCCAGGAGCUCAACCGCCAGGCUCUGUACCGCCGCCAGGUGGCAGCACCAUUAACCCCUUCAGUGGGAACGUGCGCCCGAAUACGUUGAUGGGCGCACUUCCAGGCGGCGCACCAAUGGCUGGACCCAAUGGACCUGGUUUAACACCAGCGGACUAUGCACGCGGAGCAGCUGGCCCUAUGAUGCCGUUCCCCUUCAAUCCAACGGCAGUAACCACGCCAUUACAGCGUCAGCUUAUACCAAUACCCGUUGUUGAUGGCAGCGGCUGUGUUGGAGCACCACCAGGCGCUGGUGGUGCUGGCGGAGUUGCAGAAAUGGGCAAGCGGCGCUACGAACUGGAAGAUACGGUUGCUAUUGCAGACGUACCGAGCAAACGCAAGGCGUCUAUUAAUAGUCGUCUCGGACCGCGUGUCAAUCCAAAUAUGCAGCAGCAUAAUAGUUCGCUAGAGUUGCGAAAGGUGCCGCGCGGUCUCAAUACGAUAGCUCAUCUCAACAAUCAUUUUGCCAAAUUUGGCAAAAUUGUGAACAUACAAGUGUCAUAUGAGGGCGAUCCGGAGGCUGCCAUUGUUACUUUUUCUACGCACGCCGAAGCCAAUGUUGCCUAUCGCAGCACGGAGGCGGUACUGAACAACCGCUUCAUUAAAGUUUUCUGGCAUAAUGAUGUCAGUGGCGAUGCGGCCAAUUUAAAUUCGAUGGGCGGAGUGGGUGGCGGCGGCAUGGGUGGUGGACGCAAAAAUGCCAGUCAAUAUCAUCUGCACAAUGUGCCCGCAAUGCCAGCACCUAAUACGGAUUCUGCCAAAAUUAGCAAUGCUAGUCAAACGGCAACGGCGGGAGCAGCGGCCACACCUUUGAGCGAAGCAGGCACCGGCAACAACAACAAUGGUACAACAGUACCGUCCACGCAGGGGGACAAUGCAGCCGGAACAGUGGGAGCAGCAACAGCAGGUGGUGCCGUGGCCAAUACGACAACGCCUGCCUCCAUGCGCCUCAAGUUGAAUGCCACGAAUGUUGGAGGACGCGUGAUGACGCAGGCCAGCAUACGCAAGAAGCAGGAGGAACAACAGAAGGCUGUGCAGACGCUGGCAAACGGAUUGCGAAAGCGCAAACAGGAGUUGCUCCAAAGCUAUGUAAAGCAAAUGAAGACGGCUCUUGAGCUCGUCGAACGUUGUGAACAGCAGGAUCCGCAACGUGCCAAUAUGCUUGAGACGAUCAAAGUGCUUCAGGAAACUAUCGAUAAGUUACGCAAGGAUGUGCAUGCUGAUCAGGAUCAGUUGCAGGCGCAAAUCCAACAACAACAGCCGCCCGUCAAGAAGACCAAAGAGCAACAGAAAAAGGAGCUGCUCGACAUGGAGCUGGAACUAUUCGCCCAGCAACAAGAGGGCAAUGACACCACAGCCAUACAAAAGCGCUUAGAAGAGCUGCAGCGAACGCUAUCCGCUGGUGGUAACGGAAUUGGAGGCGCCGGUGGUGGUGCUGCCAAAGCCUCACACUUUCCCUCUGUACCGGGUGCGACAGCGGCACGAAAGCGUGCCACUUUUCCCGAAGGUUCAACGCGCGUCGAUCGCCGACCCAAAGCCAUUGUGGUAACGGGCUUUGCUCCCGAAGAGGCGGACUUCGUUUUGGGGCAUUUCAAGCAUUUUGGGGAAAUUUCCAAGCACGAUGUGGACCGUGAAAUACCGCAGCUAAUUCUCUCCUAUGCGACCCGUCUCAAUGCCGAACAGGCGGUGCUUCGUGGCAAAAUGUACAAAGAUAAGCGCCUGCAGAUAUCCUGGGCGCCAGUUGUAGCGCCGCCAGUACCACCCUCAGUGCCCAUGGGUGCACCAACCACUGAAAAGGAAACGGUAGGGACAACAUCAGCGAAUGCGGAAGAUAAAGUCGUAAAUCCGAAGCAACUGCUGCAGUCGGUCAGCGAGAGUGAAUCCAUGAUUGGAAUCGAUACAUUACCAGAGAUAAAGCUGGAGGAUGACGAAGAAGACGAUGAGUCUGAGGAUCGUUCUUGGCGUCGUUGAUGCAACGUCCUGCAAAGGCGUAUGCGUUGUUAGAGCACCUCUAUCGAAGGCUCACCCAUAUGUUGGAGAAACAUAAUUGUAUUUGUUGUUAUCUAUAUCUAACUACACACCUGUAUAUGUAGAGAAGCAUAAUUGGCACACGGCUACGCCAGAAACGUUAUUUGUAUACUAAUGUACAACUUUCAAUUUAAAUGCAAAAUCAGAUGAACAGAAGAUGAAAUGUAACAAGCAAAAGGCAGUGCAAACCACUAAUGUAGCUGCUUAACUGAUAAGAAGGAACAGAACUUAUUUCUUAUACUAAAAGCUCUAAAUAUUACUAAUAUUUUACUGAACACAAUAUUUAUAUAGGUUAUAUACGGCAUACGAAAGUGUUUAUCUAUACCUAAGUCGGGUAGCAACGUAACAAGCAGCAACAAAAAUAUAUUAGUACAUAUAUGAGAAACAAAUCCUAGUAAUUGCGGAAGAAAAGAGAAGCCGAUUGGUUUAACAUAAAAUUACAUAAUGCUUUGUAUUUACCAAUUUUUCAUCCUAUCCUUUUCUUAUACUUUACACAUAUAAUUAUAAUUGUUAAGGUUUUAUGUUGAGCUCUACAGAAAAAAACCCUAAAAAAAUUGCAAAAGAAAAAAUCCAAAAACAAUAGCAACGUGAAUGCAAAAGAAGAAGUUAUA